CUCCCUCGCUCUCUCUCUCUCUCUCUCUCUCUCUCUCUCUCUCUCUCUCGCUCGCUCUCGCUCUCCUCGCUCACUCUUUCUCUAUCUUUCUUUUUCUAAUUCUCCCACGCUCUAUUAUACGGAAAGGGGUAAAUUCGUGCGUGCAAGAAGAAAACACGCGCGCGCUACCACUGCCAGUUAGGAAAGGAUCAUUGACGUCGCGAAUUCGACAUGAGAAAUGCCGACAGAGACGACGACGAGGACGGCGAUAGCGCUUGAAAUUCUUCGUGUACAGCGAAAAAAUAGGUGUCUUCCUCGCGAACGUCUCGCUGAGCCAAAUACCACCACCGCCGUUCAUUCGUUCUUGUUGAUAAUAAAUAAUAAGGAAAGAGAAAACGGAUCGGUUCACAAUGAACAUUCGGCGAUUGCCCGGUUUCUUUUAUCACUACAAGAUGCUCGGUGGUCUCCUCGUAUCGGCUUUCCUGUUUGUCAUCUAUCUUCUUUUUCACUGGGGUAUUAUGUGCACGAACCUGGAAGCUUGGCGACACGUUAUCAGCGCGUGCAGAACUCACAACGAUGGCACGGCGAUGGGAAUUUUGUGUGAACCACUUUGCUCAGAGAAGGGUAUACAUUCUUUGGCCUGUGAAACUUUGCAUACCGGCAAGGAAGCAGUAUUUUCUGCUCACUGGGAAGCGACUAGACUUGUAUUUAAAGCUUACAGAACGAAAUCUUCCUCGGAAGAGUAUGAAUCUCUUUUUUGGGUCGACACGUUCGAUGAGAAACAUUUCCCCACGGAAGAAGAUUUCGGAACGAUGAUCAAAGAUCUUGUAGUGAAUAAGUUAAAUUACACGGUAUCGACGCAACAGAUGCAAAGGCUCGCGCGUUUGCGUACCCACAAGAUCGAGGUUGACACCAAGAGGCGUCAGCUCGAGAUGGAAAACGUUUGGCCACUUUUACAGGAAAACGAAUAUCUCAUAACUAUUUUAUUCGAAGAUCGUGACGUUUUCCCACAACUGAUCGGCACGUGCGGGACUUUCUAUGCCGUUGAAUACGUCAGACCUAUAGAAACUCCAACGACAACAUUGGCACUCUCCGACUCGAAGCCAGAAUGGGCAAAGAGAUUGAAGCUCGCCGUCAUGAUUAUGGACCUGCUGGAGGAACUUGAGACGAAUUUUCCGGAACCGUUUCAUCUUUGCGACGUCAAGAUAAACCACUUUGGUUUGCCUCUCGGCGGGCAGAAGCUCAAAUUCCUCGACUUGGACGCGGUCUUUCCUAAGAGCAUUAUCGGGCGUAUCACCGCGGAUGGGAAGGCCUGUAAGAGACACGAGGAUUGUGAUUUUUUCGAUUGUAGAUCGUUAUGUUCGAAGAACGAACGAUGCGAAUCGCCGGUCGUUAAUAAUAACCUACAGAUUAUAUGCGAAAAAAUCUUUCUUGGCUGGACCCUAUCAGGAACUAUCAUUCUACCUGGUUUACUGAUGUCGGAACAUACCACUAGUUCGCUCGCUGUCCUUUUGCGACAGUGCGCCAAUCCAGCCGGUGAUAUCACUCAUUUGCCACGAGCAUAUGUACCGGAUAAUUUAAAAACACGACUGUACAAUACGUUGAACGAUAUGGAACAAGAAAUCUCCGCAUCUUUGUGAACUCGAUCGAAUUGGGAAGGGUGUCUUUGAAAGAAAAGGCCACGCGCAUUACUUUCGCAAUUUCUUUUCUAAUAGAGAAAUUAUCGAUAAUGUUAUAUUAUAUAAUAUGACAACGAGUCGUUUUAGGAAAGAACAAAUAUCGGUCCACGAUUUGUUAUUUUAAAUAUACCUACUGAAUUAUAGAAUAUAGAUACAUACGAACAUAGCUUGUCGCGUAGCUAAUCGCCUUUUAUAUUUAGCAUAUUGAAUUGUACAAUCCUUUUUCAGGAUAUACCUUAAUAGGUAUGAAGUAAAUAGAUUUCGACACGCAGAGAGAUUAACAAUAUGUAUUAACUUUAACGAGGGGAUGUAGCUAUAACACAUUUGCUACGAAAGUAAACAGUCUUUCAAUGAGACCUAACACUCGAAAUGGCACUAAUUCAAAAUGAUUGUGAUUGGCGAUAAAGAAGAUCGUAAAUCGCUUUUGGUGAAUACUAUACGGAGAACCAUCAAUCACGUUUUGAUUAAGAACGUUUUCUUCCUAUAUAUUUUUCUUGAAAUAAUUAAAUACCUGUUUCUUGAAAAAA